UAUAUGAAGAAGCCCAAUUUUAAAUUUUUUCCUCGGGACUGACAAAAAUAAAUAAAUUUUUUGUGCGCCAUACCAUAUCCGAAGAUUCACUAUCGCCACUUCUCACAUACCAAAACCAACCAAUCACAUCUUCGGAUUGUUUCUGUACGUAGCAAAUAUUUUGCUUUCUCCACGCGGAAAAUGUAGAUCGUGUGCGCCAACAGAGGAAAACACAAAGGCGACACCUUUACAAGACCAACUUCGAGCAGUGCUUCGUGAAGACAGCUUUUGCCGUAUUCUGCUUUUCUUUCCUCACUGGUCUUCAGACCAUAGGAUCAGUGGGAGUUUUCUCUCAGAGAUCGAAAUCGAGAAUUUGAGCGAGAAAUGCGGCGGAACUGCUGCCAUGUCUCGUUCGCCGCCGUUCUCAAAAUCCUCAAUUUCAUGCAAGCGUUCUUCGGCGUAUCGAUCAUAAUCUACUCGAUAUGGAUGCUCGAUCAAUGGAACCGUGGUGUCCCUGUGGAUCCUCCGACGGCUUCUUCGUCGGAAUCCUCGUCCUCGUUCUUUGAUCAUGAUCUCGUGGCGGGUGAGGGUCCCGGGUUCAAUCUCCUUUCGCUGGACUUUCCUUCUCCAUGGGUCAUCUACUUGUUUAUGGGGGUUGGCAUUUUGGUCUGCAUCGUCACUUUCAUUGGUCUCAUAGCAGCUGAAGCUAUCAAUGGCUGUUGCUUGUGCUUUUGCUCUAUCCUAAAAACUGUGCUCGUUCUACUAGAAGCCGCCCUUGUUGGAUUCAUAGCUAUCGAUCGUCAUUGGGAAAAGGAUCUUCCAUAUGAUCCAACUGAAGAACUCGACGGCCUUCGAGCUUUCAUAGCGGAAAAGAUCGAUAUGUGCAAAUGGGUUGGGAUUGCUGUGGUGGUGGUUCAGCUUCGGUCAUUGAUACUGGCGAUGGUCCUUAGAGCAAUGGUUUCAACCCGAAGAUCUGAGCUCGAAGAUGAAGAGGAAGACUAUGAGAACCCGAGGAGUAGAGCUCGGGACCCUCUUCUCGGCUCAUCGCAGCCAAACCAAGCUUCGGCUCGUCCAAGCAAGAUUGACAACUGGAGCUCUCGUAUGCGAGAAAAGUAUGGACUGAGCAAUGGUCUGAAUCAGAGUUCAUCAAUCAACACAAAAUGCCAAUUAAACGAAAAUGGAUCAGAGCCGUCCAUCCAUGAUGGUGAAUUUGCUCUCUCUCUCUCUCUCUCAAGUGUGCAUAGAAAGCUUCCACUGGGAAGAGAGUCUCUGUCCUUUAAUAUCUCUGUUUGCCAAUGUUAAUUGUUAGUAUCUGUAUCUGUAUCUGUAUCGUAAAGCAGAGGAAAGGACGUAUUUAUUGUCACUGCUGAGUAAUUUAAAUAUUAAACCUCUCCUCAAUGUUACAUUUGACAUCA